AUGGGUAAACUUGUUCCAAAUGUCUUCAACCUUGCGGUCGUGAUAUUUGUUGCCCUAGGCUCCACAGCUUGUAGCUAUGGGAUGGCCAUUAUCAGUUCAACCAUUGGCCAGCCAAGCUUUUACAAAGACUUCCAGCUCGCCAUGCAGGGCGAGCCGGGUUACGAUAAAACCUCUACUCUGAUUGGCGCUAUGAACGGCCUUAACUCUGCUGGUUCUGCUUUCGGAUGUGCAUUUGUCUCCUGGUCGGCUGAUCGUUAUGGAAGAUUGCGUUCUCUACAACUGGGAUCUGUCAUUCUCAUCAUUGGAGCUGCUCUCUGCGCAGGGUCUGUAAAUAUGGCUAUGUUUUUGGUUGCUCGCUUUAUUGCUGGAUUUGGCAUCGGUAUCUUAAUUACAGGUAUUCCUAUGUAUCAAGCAGAGGCAUCCGCUCCAAGCUCACGGGGUUUCAUGGUUUCUAUGCACGGCAUCAUGUUCGCAGUCGGCUACUCAUUAGCAUCUUGGAUUGGCUUUGGGUGCUACUUUUUAUCCGCUAAUGGGAACAUGACAUCCUUUGCAUGGAGGUUCCCGUUGGCCUUUCAGGCAGCCCCGGCUAUUCUUCUGCUUAUCGGAUCCCCGUGGCUUCCUUUCUCCCCACGGUGGCUUCUAGAGAAAGGCCGACAUGAAGAAGCUCAUGCAGUCUUAAUUCGGUUGCAUCGUACCGCUGACGAUCCGAAUAACAUCUCUGCUGAGAAAGAGUACUUUCAGAUGAAGAAACAGCUAGAGCUUGACCGCGAAAUUAAGCAAAAUACGGGAAGAUGGGAUCUAUUCAAGACUGGUCCCAAUCGUCGCCGAGCCUUUGUCGGGUUCGCACUGAUGUUUGGAAAUCAAUUCACUGGAGUUCUUGUCAUUGCCAACUAUGGUGUUCUUCUCUACGCUUCUCUUGGGAUGAAGACUUUCAUGCCUCUGCUUCUCUCAGCACUCUGGGUCACUGCAUCAUUCCCGGGCAAUGUGUUCACCGCCUUCUUUGUCGACCGUCUAGGUCGCCGAUUUUUCCUUCUUACCGGGCUCAGCGGCCUCCUCUUUUGCCUUGUCAUGGAAUGCUGGACUCAGGCAGUCUACCUAGGAACAGAUAACGCAGCCGGUCAAAAAGCUGCCGUAUUCUUCCUUUUUCUCUUUAUUUUCUUCUGGUCCACCUUCAUCGACGCUACACAAUUCCUCUACCUUUCCGAAAUUUUCCCUACACAAACUCGCAGCCAGGGCAUGGCCUUGGGCAUGGUUGGGACCUUUUCAGCUACAAUUAUUGUUCUUGUUGCGGGGCCCAUUGCCCUGGAUAGGAGCCUGGAAGAUAUCAAUGCCGCGUUUGGAGAAAAGGUAGCAGUUCGUUUCUACGGCGCGACUGAAGAGGAAGAGGAGAUGUAUGCCAAAGCGAUUGAGGAGCGAGAACUUGCUACUGCAAGCGUAUUUGAGAAGACCCACGAGUCUGAUAGACCCGCUCAUGAGGAGACUCCAGCGAAUGUCUAA